AUGAGGAAAGAUGAAGGCCUUUUACAGACAGCAAUAACUACUAUCGGCCUUGCAGUUCCAGAACAAAUUGCAAGAGAUUCUGCAACCAGCUAUGUCACCGAUGUUAACGAUGAUUUGGAUACGGUUGCAUAUCUAGAUAGUCUUAAAAUGCUAGGAAACCUAUGCUCGGAUCAGGGAAAGCUGGCUGAGGCGGAGGAGAUGUACCAGCGGGCGCUAAAAGGAAAGGAGAAGGCACUUGGAGCUGAGCACACAUCAACACUCCGCACAGUCAACAACUUAGGCAACCUCUACGCAGAUCAGGGAAAGCUAGCUGAGGCGGAGGAGAUGUACCAGCGGGCGCUAAAAGGAAACGAGAAAGCACGUGGACCAGCUAUCCAUUUACUCACAGCAGGUGAUGGAGAUAGAUGGGAGAGGGAUUUUAGUGCACGACAGUGA